CGAUCUGUUGUUUGAUGUUUUUCCGAAUCCAAAUGGGCCUGAUCCACUAUUUAUAAAUUGUCACACUUUUCCUCAUUGUCAGUCAGUCCCGGCAGAGGUAUGGGCGAAAGUUCAAACCUUCCAAAACCCUAGCCAUUCCCUCUCUCCGGACACUCCCGCAGAUCUAUCAUUUUUUAACUUUGAAUUUGUGAAGCUCGAAACCUACGAGAAUGUCGAUGUCUAAGGGCUCGAAGAUGCUGCAGUUCAUCAACUACCGGAUGCGUGUGACCAUCCAGGAUGGUCGUCAAUUGGUGGGCAAAUUCAUGGCUUUUGAUCGACAUAUGAAUCUCGUUCUAGGCGACUGUGAGGAGUUCCGGAAGCUUCCGCCAGCCAAGGGCAAGAAGAACAACGAGGAACGCGAGGACCGACGUACUCUUGGCCUAGUCCUUCUCCGUGGCGAGGAGGUCGUAUCCAUGACUGUCGAGGGGCCACCGCCUCCGGAGGAAUCGCGUGCGAAGGCCGUCUCUGCUAAUGCCGUCGCAGGCCCUGGAAUUGGCCGCGCUGCUGGACGUGGUGUGCCUACUGCUCCCCUUGUGCAAGCUCAGCCAGGACUUGCUGGCCCGGUCCGUGGUGUUGGUGGGCCCGCGCCAGGAAUGAUGCAGCCCUCGUUGUCUCGCCCUCAACUAUCUGCACCGCCGAUGACUUACCCUGCCCCUGCACCUCCUCCUGGGUCAGGUGCUCCUCCGGUUAUCCGACCGCCUGGACAGAUGCCACCUGGCGCUGCUCCCUACCCAGGCAUGCCUCGUGGCCCGCCUCCACAAAUGCAGCCGCCACAGUACGGAGUUAGGCCACCACAGCAAGGUUUCCAGAUGCCAGCACCACCACAGUACGGGCAGAGACCCAUGGGAGUCCCACAUCCACCGCAGAAUCCCAUGAUGAGAGGACCUCCUCCUCCACCACGACCUGGAAUGCCGGGCCCUCCUCCACCACGUCCUGGGAUGCCACCUCCCCCUGGUGGUGUUCCUGUCUAUGGUCCACCUCGUCCAGGUAUGCCGCCUCCACCAAACCCUCAGCAGCAGCAAAAUCAGCAACAGUGAUAACAUGGAGUGGGGUGCUGAUCAAUUCGUUGGGCCAUGGCUGGUACUGAGCAACCUUUCUGGUAAAUUCAAAUGAGUACAGUUCUCUAGCUGGGGUGUUAAUAGAUCUUAUUAUCUCGGUUUCUCGCAGUUUGCCUGUGUGCGCUUAUGUAACAAUUAACAUAAACGGAGGGGAAUGUUAAGUCUUUAUCCUAUAUUGGAUUGACAUAACCUAACUAAGUGAACAUUCUUCCUCACAC